AUUUGUAAAAUUUCUUUUUAGAUUCAACAUGGAUUCAACCGACAACAACAACGCCAACAGCUUGUCCAGCCUCCCCGAGAUUCCAAUAACUCGAAUUUCUGCGAUCUCUGAUAAUGGAAGCCAACUGGAGUUCGACCAGCAAUUAUCCGGUUUCAUGAUGUUAAAUAAAGUAAACCUUAAAUACAUCGUGAAUUCGCGACAAGAGUUUUCUGAACAGCUGAUAGAAGCUAACCAAACUAUCAGCAUACUUCGCAAAAAACUUGCUGCAGCCGAAACAACACCGUCUACCAGUGGUAUCACCGACAUGGCUGUGCAUUAUAAAAUGUUGUCAGAUUUGGUCCAAGAGAAGCAAAACCUCGCAAAUCAACUUGCGAAACAUAGAAGGAGUUUACACCAGAAAAAACUGCUCAACAGCUUUUGAAAAAUGAAGAGGAAAUUGUUCACUUCAAAUCCGAAGCCACGAAAUUGAAGCAGAAAGCCGAUUCUUACGAAGCAGACUACUACUCGCUAUUAGAUGACUACAACUACACAGAAAAAUUGAAUCAUCGCACCCGCGAUCUUUUCAGACACAAAAUUUCUGAA